CGGUGCCUGGGGGACUCUGAGCUGGCUGGGGUGAAGAUGGCUGAGGCAGGAAGCAGAGAAGGGGGGAUUCUGGCCUCCCUCCCCAGCUGCUGAGGCAGAGACGCCCCUUCCAGCCGCUGUGACUCAGGCAGGCUGCUGUUGGGAACAGGAUGUGUACUCACUUGGGGGACGGGAGCUGAGGCCAGCCUUGAGGCCUGUCCCGGGCCAGUGGGGGUGGCCAGCAGGGCAGACACAGGUAGACCGGCCCCGCCCGGCUCCACCUACUCGCCCAGAAGCACCCUGGCACUCCCGCCCUGUCUGCCGGCAGGAGAGGUGCGCAGACCUUCAUCCUGCUCUGGCAGCCGGCACCGCCAGCCAUGGGGAACAGCCAGUGCGUCCCUCAGGCCCCUCGGAGGCUCCGGGCCUCCUUCUCCAGGAAGCCUUCCCUGAAGGGAACCAGGGAGGACAGCGCCAGGAAGCUGGUUGGCCUGUUUGGCACUGAGGCCAGUCCCGACAGGGACACGACAGCUGACAAGAUCUUCUACUACAUCCCUGGGACGGAUAUCCCAGGGCUGCAGAACCAGCAAGAAAAUCUGGAACAGCCAUUCCUGAGUGUCUUCAAGAAGGGUCGGCGGAGAGUGCCUGUGAGGAGUCUGGGCAAGGUCGUACACUAUGCCAAGGUCCAGCUGCGGUUCCAGCACAGCCAGGAAGCCAGUGACUGCUACCUGGAGCUCUUCCCCGCUCACCUGUACUUCCAGGCCGUGGGUUCCGAAGGCCUCACUUUCCAGGGCCUACUGCCGCUGACGGAGCUCAGUGUCUGCCCGCUGGAGGGGUCCGGAGAGCCUGCCUUCCAGAUCACAGGCCCCCUGCCUGCACCCCUGCUCGUGCUGUGCCCCAGCCAUGCAGAGCUGGGCCGCUGGCUCUACCACCUGGAGAAGCAGAUGGCCCUCCUGGGCGGGCUGCGGCGCUGCCACUCGGCCCCCCCGCAGGGCCCCCCUGAGGACGAGCUCCCCUGGACUCUGCAGCGCAGGCUCACCAGACUGCGGACAGUGUCGGGACGCCACAAGGUGGGCAGUGCCAUCUGUGCUUCCAGAGUGAGGUUGCAGCAUCUGCCCUCCCAGGAGCAGUGUGACCGGCUGCUGCUCCUGUACCCGACCUCCCUGGCCAUCUUCUCCGAGGAAGCUGACGGGCUUUGCUUCAAGGGAGAGCUGCCGCUUAGUGCUGUCCACAUCAACCUGGAAGAGAAGGAGAAACAGAUCCGCUCUUUCCUGAUUGAAGGCCCCCUCAUCAACACCAUCCGAGUGGUGUGUGCCAGCUACGAGGAUUACAGCCGCUGGCUUCUGUGCCUGCAGGCAGUGACCGGCCCCCAGGGCUUCCCAGGGCUCCAGGCACCCACACAGAUCAGGGGUGGUGGCCGAAGCUCGCUCUCCUCAGAUGGACGAACCAGCUGGGACUCAGGGUGCCCGGCACCCCCGUCCACCCACACAAGCCAGUCUCUCCCUGAAUCCUUGGUGGUAUCCCCUGUGAGCUGCCCUGCACAGACUCCACCUGAGGGGGACAGCACCAGCAAACACAAGUUGGAGUUGAGACGGAGCGGCAGCACUCGGUCCCCCAGGAGCAAGGCCCGAGGAGAGAGGCCUGGUCCAACCAGCCCCCUGCACCUCGACCUGACCAAGCUUAGCCUGGAAGGCAGCCCUGAGGCCCCAGACCCUUCUCUGGAGACCCCACACUCCCCGCUGUAUGCUGACCCCUACACACCACCCGCCACCUCCCACCACAAGGUCACAGAUGUUCGGGGCCUGGACGAGCACACCCUGCAUCUGAAGUCGGGCCCUGGCCGAGUUGAGGGGCUCAGGAGGCCUCAGUCCCACGUUCUCCGACAGUUCCUCAGCGCCAUGCAGAGCUCGCUGCGGUCCGAGCCCGCGAGCUCAUUCCCCUCGAUCCCUGUGUCGGUGCCCGUGUCAGACGCCGGCUGUGGACUGUCCAAGAAGGGGACCCUGGUGUCGCGGGCCUCCCCACGGCAUCGAGGUCGGGCCCCACCACCGCCAGACUCCCCGCAGCUUGUCUCCCCUGCGAAGGACGGUUCUCCUCUCCCCGUGCCUCCUCCUGCCGAUGGCCGUGCCCCCAGGAGCUACAACCUCUGGGACAAGGCCCCAUCCCCCUGCCGGCAGCGGUGGCCCCGGUUCAGUGUGCCUGAGACUGAGGGGGGGCCCUUGCACUGGAUCUGAGCCCCAGCAGGGCGGCACCUGCCAGCACCCACCCUGGAGGGCUGGCACAGGUGUGGCUAGCCUGUACCCCACCCAGUGCCAAGUCGGGAACCCUGGAUUUGGGAAGCCCAGGGUUCCAGAGGGGCCCGAGGGAACUGUCACCCUGAGGAGCCAGACUCCAGCCCCUGCUCCAGAAGGAAUGGGGGGCUGGGAUCUGACUGGGUCUUCACCUGGGAGUGGGGGUAGCACAGCUGUGAAGCCAAGGGUAUGAAGGUCAGAGGUCAGAAGGUCAGAUGUCAUGGACGGGGAGGGUGUCUUAGCAAGUGUGGGGCAGGUGAAGA